AUUUCCAAACUAUCACCCUCAGCCUCAUGAAUUCCUUCCAAUUUACUUGAAAUAACAAAGAGGAGUGAAGAAAAAACAUUGAGGUCACUUUCCAUUUAGAAACUCUGUUCUAUCAAAGAACAAAAGUUUUACUUUCCAAAUAUACUUCAUCUGGAGGCAAAGUGAAGCAACACCAAACACAUAACUUUCCCUCUCUUCAAUUCAAAACAACACUAUUUUUCUUUCUCCAACUUCCCUUCUUCAAUGCCAAGCCAACCAAGAACAACAUCAGCCCUUCUCAGUCCUCAGUCUCUUUCCUUCAAACAACCUUUUUCUUGUCUGUCAAAAUGGUAUUUGUCCUGUAAGAAGAAAAAGAAUUAGAACAAAAAACCUCAAUGACAAGCAAGGUUAGGUGGCUGACAGCAACCCGGAACAUGCACCUCAAAACCAUCCUUUUUUUGUCAGCAUUUUUCUCCUUACAUUUGGAGUCAGUUUCCUGGUACAUUGCUAAGUGAAUAGUUGGCCAGUUUCUGCUGAGUUUCUUUGUAAUCUUUUGAGCGCUUUUUUGCUGCUCGAGCUGGCAGAAAACAUUACUUGGAAAUGCAGCUUCAUAUAUCGCCGAGCCUGAGGCACGUUACCGUGUUGCCUUCAAAGGGUUUUAGGGAGUUCAUCAAAGUUAAGAUUGGCUCAAGACGACUGUCGUAUCGCAUGGUUUUCUACUCUCUUUUGGUUUUCACGUUUCUGCUUCGGUUUGUGUUUGUGUUAACUGCAGUUGACCAUAUUGAGGGGGAAACAAAAUGUACGACGCUAGGUUGCUUGGGAAAAAAGCUAGGACCAAGAAUUUUGGGACGAAGACAUGAAUCAACUGUUCCUGAAGUGAUGUAUCAAGUUCUUGAAGAACCUGUGAAUCAAAGUGAAGUACAAUCAGGACCAGAAGUUCCUCAGACACUGGAAGAUUUUAUAGCGGAAAUGAAGGAUGAACGACCUGAUGCCAAGACCUUUGCCAUCAAGCUCAAAUCAAUGGUUACCUUCCUUGAACAAAGGACAAGAACUGCAAAAAUACAGGAAUAUCUGUAUCGCCAUGUGGCCUCAAGUAGCAUACCUAAGCAGCUGCACUGUCUUACUCUAAAACUAGCAAACGAGCACUCUACUAAUGCCCAGGCACGUCUCCAGCUUCCCUCAGCAGAAUUCGUCCCUGCCCUCGUCGAUAACUCAUACUUUCACUAUGUCCUCGCCUCUGACAACGUCCUUGCCGCCUCUGUUGUUGCAUCAUCACUUGUUAACAAUUCGUUGCAUCCUGAAAAGGUCGUCCUCCAUAUAAUAACAGACAAAAAGACAUAUUCUCCGAUGCAGGCAUGGUUCUCUUUGCAUCCUUUAACACCUGCAAUCAUUGAGGUGAAAUCAUUGCACCAAUUUGAUUGGUUUACAAAGGGAAAGGUCCCAGUCUUGGAAGCCAUGGAGAAAGACCAAAAGGUGCGCUCACAAUUUAGGGGAGGAUCAUCAGCUAUCGUGGCAAAUAACACCGAAAAACCAUAUAUUAUUGCCGCAAAGUUGCAGGCACUGAGCCCCAAGUAUAAUUCACUGAUGAAUCACAUUCGCAUCCAUUUGCCGGAGUUGUUUCCAAGUCUCGACAAAGUCAUCUUCCUGGAUGAUGACGUUGUGGUUCAAACUGAUCUCUCACCUCUUUGGGAUAUCGACAUGAAUGGGAAGGUCAAUGGAGCAGUGGAAACAUGUAGAGGAGAGGAUAAAUUUGUGAUGUCGAAGAGGUUCAAAAGCUAUCUGAACUUUUCUCAUCCCCUGAUAUCUAGGAAUUUUGACCCUGAUGAAUGUGCAUGGGCUUAUGGCAUGAACAUAUUUGAUCUAGAAGCUUGGAGGAGAACAAAUAUAACCAGGACAUACCACUACUGGAUUGAAGAGAAUCUGAAGUCAGACCUAAGUUUAUGGCAGCUAGGAACCUUACCUCCAGGUCUAAUAGCUUUCCACGGCCAUGUCCAUGUUAUUGAUCCCUUUUGGCACAUGCUAGGGCUAGGGUACCAGGAUAACACAACCAUUGCAGAUGCUGAAAGUGCUGGUGUCAUUCACUUUAAUGGUCGAGCAAAGCCUUGGUUGGAUAUAGCAUUUCCACAGCUGCGGCCUUUAUGGACAAAGUAUGUUGACUUCUCUGAUAGAUACAUAAAGAGUUGUCACAUAAGAGCAUCUUAGAAAGAA